GUCUGACGACGUUUCCAAACACGAGCAUGUUCCAGAAGCUCUAUUUUCCUCUCUCAGCUGAUAGUGACGUAACGCGUGCAGCUUAGACCCGCACACAAGGCAAACAGGGUUAACUGACUGCUUGUUUUCCCGGUGGUGGGGACCGUAGAGUAGACCACUGAGGCACAGCGGUACACUGCGGACAUAUUGUGUUGUCGAAAAUAUUUGUGUCGGGGCGGUGGAGAGGAGGACUGAAGGAGGAGGCUGUCUGUGCGGCUGUCACGAAGAGAGGGGGAGCACAUACCAGAGGUACCGCUAUCAUAACUAAUUCAUUGUCGAUCCAAACCGGUGGACAGACGGCUAAACUGCUCACUAAUUAGGCCGAAAGACUCAGACGUUGUAUUUUCCUUUCAGGGGCAGUGCAGUGAGGAGUGACAGGAGGCAACAUGGUGGAUUACUACAACGUUCUGGGAGUGUCCAAAACAGCCUCUCAGGAUGACAUCAAGAAAGCGUACAGGAAACUGGCACUGAAAUGGCAUCCAGACAAAAAUCCAGACAACAAGGAUGAAGCAGAGACAAAGUUCAAAGAACUGGCUGAAGCCUAUGAAGUCCUGUCUGACACGAGCAAGCGUGAAGCAUAUGACAGAUAUGGAAACGACAGAAUGGGACACACAGGGUCCUCCAGCUCAGACUUUUCAUCAGAUUUCCCAGGAUUCACCUUUACAUUCCGCAACCCAGAUGAUGUGUUCAGAGAGUUUUUUGGCGGCCAGGAUCCCUUCGCUAACUUCUUUGAUGACUUCUCAUCCUUUGGAGGCUCAUCCUCUCGCCUCGGCCCCAGUCGCUUCUUUUCUUUUCCUUCAGCAGGAGUUGAUUUUACCUCCUUCUCCUCUUCCUUUGGUGGUCUGGAUGGGAUGGACAGCAUGGGUGGAGGGAUGGGCAACUUCAAAUCAGUUUCUACCUCCACUCGCAUCAUAAAUGGCAAACGCACCACCACCAAGAAGAUAAAGGAGAACGGGCAGGAAAGAACAGAGAUUGAGGAGGAUGGGGUGUUAAAGAGUGUCCUAAUUAAUGGUGUGGAGGAUGAAAUGGCCCUCGCACUGGAGCUCAGUCGACGAGAGGGACAGCCCCGUCACUCACCUCAGAAGCCACAAAUCCAAAACAGAUCACCUGCCGAGUAUGACAGAUCCCGCCCCAGCCCUUACUCUGCAGCCACACACCGGUCAUUUAGCUCCGCUCCCUUCUACAACUGCGGGGUUGUGGGCGGCAGCGAGGAUGACGAAGAAGAUGAAGACCUGCAGAUGGCUUUGGCAUGCAGCCUGUCAGAAAUGGAAGCCCAGCAGAGAGCAGCUGCUACUGACUUCAUAUCAGGUGCUGGGGGUGGGGGCAGAGCCAUGAUUGACAAAACUGGUGGUCAUAAAGGAGGCAGGGUUGUUAAGACUACACAUUUGAAUGUGGCUAUUAGUAAAAAGGUUGUUGCAGGGGAGAGAGAUGAAGAGGGGCAGUUUAAAAUGGGCUCUGGGCCUGGAGCUCGGUGGGAAACGGAGAGAAAUGGAACCAGGGAACCAGACUUCUCUCCUGAGUCAUCCACAACUGCCAGCACUACGCCGCUAAGCCAAAGCACUGAAGAAGAGUUUGAACCUGCCAUGAAAAAUAGUGAUGGCAGUGUGAAAAAGAAAAAGAAGUGUGGGUGUAUUAUGUGCUGAUGCAGUGUGUGUGUGUGUGUGUGUGUGUGUGUGUGUGUGUGUGUGUGUGUGUGUGUGUGUGUGUGUGUGUGUGUGUGUGUGUGUGUGUGUGUGUGCACGUAUGCGUGUAUUUGGGAUGCCUUAUUUUUAUACUUACCUCAGUGUUGCCUUCAGCCAGACUCUAAUGUUAUGUGAUUGCCAGCCUCUUUCAGACAGUGCUUCAACUGAUCACAAGGCUUUCAUGCUGUCUUAACACCUCUAAAAGAGACAGUGAGUCAACCUUGGCAGGGUGUCAACCUAGAGACAUAAUUUGCCAAUACAGCUACAAGAUCAAAUAAAAUGUGAAGCAAUACAGAGGAUUGUUUCUGAAUGUAUGUAAAUAAACCAAAAAGAAUGGGAUUAGGAGGGUUUUAGAUGUGGCCAAGUUGGUAGUGAUUUAAAUCCCAGUAAGGGCAGAGUAUUUGUGUCCGUGUGUUUGGGUCAGUUGAGAAGUUUCUCAUUCUGGUUCUCUGGCAAAGGGAAUGUAUCAGAACUGUGUCACAUGCCCAGUCUGAAACAAUAGAUACACAUCUAAUGCAGGCCACAGAACUUACAUAAAAACACACUGACUUCCCAGUCAGAAUUGUUCAAACCAGUAGCUCAGCUUCUACACUGUUGCAAAGUUGCAAUAGUCAGGGGCGACACUUUUACAUCACUUUAUGAAGUUGUAAGUCAAAGCACAGUGUACAAUGUGUACAGCAUUAUGACUGAUUGUAAACCACAGUUACAAAUAAUCAUUAUAUACAUUUUUCAUGUGUCCUCCUUUUGGUGCCUUUGCACAUUUUUACUACUUUACUCUGUGUUUACCUUGAUUACAUUACCACUGCAAAUGUGCCAAGUACAAAAAAAAACUAAAGCAAAGCAAAUGUUAAAGCUAUACAUUAGUAAUUGGGAAUGAUGUCAGGUAUUCUGAGGAGUGAGAGUUGUCAAAUUCAACUGCAUUAUUAUAGUUGUGCGAAUGUUUAAAAAUAUGAAGCUGAGCUUCAUCACCAAAUCAAUACUAAGUUUGAUUUCCCUGUGAACUGUCAGGCCAGGGGGGGUGCUGUAGCUGCCUUUCCCUUCUAUCAACAUCUGUUGAUUAAGUGUAACCUGAAGCCAGACACUUAACCCCACCUUCUCCAGUUUAGCUGCUUAAUGCGCAGAAUUACACAGACGUUGAGUGCUGAAAAAAAAUUGCAUUCAUCGUUAAAAUAAGAAUUUUUAAUCUGCCAAUAAUGAAGAGCAUAACUUGAGAUUAGUUAAGAAUAAAUCUAUAUAGUCUGUGUUUUGGUUUCAAAUUGUGAUGUUAUAUUUUGGUCUUAUUGAAACCACAACAAUAUACGCGUUAUACACACACACACACACACACACACACACACAGUCAUAGUUGAAUACUAAUAUAACAGUUUUAAAUGUGACUGUUGCUGUAUCUGUGAAAAGGCUAAAAGCAACAGAAAUUCCUGUUGGUGUCAAAACACAAAGGUGUUAAAAGUAAUUACUAGUACCAAUAAUAUGUUAAAAUAAUAUUUUUACAAACCUGUCUCAAUAAGUACCUUAUUACAGACAGUGUUCCUUUCCCUGUCCCGCUUUCACACUGCUCGUAGAGCACAAUACGUUUGUUUGGUUGUCAUAUAUUUUUCACAAGUGCCUGAUUUAUUUAGCAUUGCAUGACUUUUACUUUGACUUUAAAGGAUAACUAUCAUCACUGUCAACAAGUACAGCUGUGAGAACACAUCAUCAGUUUCAAAAUUCAAAUAAUCGUUUUCUCUGAGUUGUUUAGGAUUUCUCCUCUCCAACUACGUUAUUGCGUGUGGAGAGGGAAUGAGGAAGAGGCAGAUGUUUGUCUUUUUAAAAUAUAUAUCCACCUGUUUUAUUUGUAUGACAUUGAAAUGCCAUGUGUUUUUUGUUUUUUUUCAGAUUGUUAAAAGGGAAAUAACAAAUAAAGAUUGAGCCGAAGAGGA